UCACUUCUGUAUCCAAAUCGCAUUGAUAAUCAAUCAAUAAUUAUAAGUUAAAAGCCCGGUGUAAUGUGUAAAAAAUGUGCAGUUGAUCAUUCAUCAGUUUGAGUGCAACAUACCAUACGAGGGACAGACAAAGUUAUUAAAUGAAAGGCACAGCACUCACAUUGCUCUGUGCAAUAACAUUUGCACAGGGGCGUGAGUUUUUGAUCGGAAACAGACAACUAUGCAUCUGUAACCCGAGUGAUGCGCACGAAAUCUGCGCUAAUUGGGACAUCGAAACUAUUGUCAUAGCCCACGAACGAUGUGACAAGUUCUACAAAUGCGCGUACGGCAAGCCUGUUCCUUAUUGCUGUCCUCCCGGCACUGUCUUUAAUAUUGAAAAGGAAGCAUGCGACUGGCCCUCCAACGUGCAAUGUGAGGACAGAGGCUUUGUCCCAGAUGAAGAGAAUGAAUGUUUACGAAACAACGACAAUGAAGAUGACGGCGACAAUGAAGAUAGCGGCGACAACGAAGACGAGGGUGAUCUAGGCCCAUGUAACUGCGAUCCUAGCGAAGCGCCAAGCAUCUGCAAAGCUCCAGGAUCUGAGGGCGUCCACGUCGCUCAUGAAUACUGCAACCAUUUCUACAUGUGUAGUCACGGCAGACCAGUCGCAAUGAAAUGUGCUCCUCACACUCUUUACAAUCCGUAUAAGCGAGAGUGUGCCUGGGCGCAUGAGGUAGAAUGCGGCGACAGAAUAAUUCCCGAAGAUGAUGAAAGCAAAGACAGUAGUGAAAAUGACGGCGAUGAUAGCGAUGAAGACAAUCAGGGUCCAUGCAACUGUGAUCCUGCAGAAGCACCCGAAAUAUGCGCAGCCGUAGGUUCGGAGGGGAUUUUAGUUGCUCACGAAUACUGCCACAAAUUUUAUAAAUGUAGUCACGGAAAACCAAUCCCAAUGACAUGUGCUCCAAAUACACUUUAUAAUCCCCAUACUAGAAGAUGUGAUUGGCCCAAAAAUGUUGAUUGCGGUGAUAGAAUUUGUAUCUGUGACAAUGGUGAAGAUAAUGAAUGUGACGGUGGUGGCGGUGGAGGCGGUGGUGGCGGCGGCGGCAGUGGCGGCGGCGGUAGUGGCGGCGGCGGCGGCGGCGGCGGUGGCGGCAGUGGUGGUGGUGGCAGUGGAGGCGGCGGCGGCGGCGGUGGCGGCGGAGGCGGUGGCGGCGGAGGCGGUGGCGGUGGCGGAGGUGGGAGCGGCGAUGGAUCCUGCAAUUGUAACCCUUCUGAAGCCCCAAGCAUUUGUGCACAAGACGGUUCAAGCGGAGUUCUUGUGGCGCAUGAAAACUGCAACCAAUUCUAUAUGUGCGAUCAUGGGAAACCAAUAGCCAUGUUCUGCGCUAACGGCACAUUAUACAACCCUUACAUUGAAGAGUGCGAUUGGCCCUAUAAUGUAGACUGUGGAGAUAGAGUAAUCCCGGAUGAUAAUGAAGGAGGCGAUGGCGGUAGCGGCAGUGAUGACAACGAAAGCAAUGAUGGCAACGGAGGCGAUGAUGGUGGUGACGGAAACGGCGGCGGCGGCGGCGGCGGCGGUGGCGGCGGCGGCGGCGGCGGCGGCGGAGGUGGUGGAGGUGGCGGAGAUGAGAGCGGCGAUGAUUCCUGCAAUUGUGACCCCUCUGAAGCACCAAGCAUCUGCGCACAAGACGGGUCAAGCGGAGUUCUGGUCGCGCAUGAAAACUGCAACCAAUUCUAUAUGUGCGACCAUGGGAAAGCUAUAGCCAUGUACUGCGCUAACGGCACAUUAUACAACCCUCAUAUUGAAGAAUGCGAUUGGCCCUAUAAUGUAGACUGUGGAGACAGAGUAAUGCCAGAUGGUAAUGAAGGCGGUGGCGGGGGCGGUGGAGGCGGAGAUGACGCAAGCGACGGUGAUAAUGGAGACUGUCAAGACGAUUCUAGCAUAGCCCCUGAAAUUUGUGCAGCUCCGAACUCCAAUGGUGUACUAUUUGCCCACAAGCGCUGCGAUAGAUUCUACAUGUGCAGCGGUGGACGGGCUGUUGUAGUGUCUUGCCCUUUGAACAUGCCCCUCUUCAAUCCACUUAUUAAUGCUUGCGACGAGGCUGCAAAUGUGGAUUGCGGUGAUAGAAUAAUUCCUGAUCCCGACGCAGACCCCUGUCCUUGUUUUUACUCCAUGCCAGCCGUAUGUUCCACACCGGGUUCUCAUGGUAUGCAAGUUCCUCAUGAGCAAUGCAACCAGUUCUAUACUUGUAUCCAUGGUAGCGCAGUAACGCACACUUGCCCCCAAGGACUAUUAUACGAACCAAAGAGACAAGUCUGCGAAUGGCCGAUUUUUGUCAGCUGUGAGGGAAGAAUCAUACCAGCAAUGUAAUGUUGGGCUACUAAAAAGCACUAAGCAAGACGACAGUGUCAGUUUUUAUUAUCUAAACUCAAGCUAAACAAGCCAUGAGUCAUUUGUUAUAAAUACCAAUUUAUAAUUACGUGAAUUGUAUAAUUACGAUUGUACAUUUAAUGUCUAAAUAAAGCAAUGCAAAUGACUAAA